AUGGGUCGCAUCAAACCCUGGCAGCACUACAACUGGCACGACGACCCGAAAGACCCCCUCUCGCACUGGCCCGUCUUCUCGCUCGUGCCCGACGAGGACGGCGCCGACGGCGAGACUCGCGUCCGCUUUGAGAACGGCAAGACGAAGUGCGUCCCCGUCAGCGAGCUCGUCCGGGCGUACCAGUUCCCCGACCCGGGGCGGGAGCUCUGGCAGGAGCGCCGCGGCGACUACCGCCUGGUCACCGCGACCGGCGAGCGCGACGGUCUGCUCGUCGAGGUCGAGGUCGGCGGCGACGUCAACGCGCAGGUCCACGUCGACGACCUCACGCCCAAGGUGCGCGACUUCACGCUCACACGCCCCGAUUUCUACAACGAGUGCGACACACAUCGUGACGGUAAUCCGACACUCGUGCCCGCCGCGAGCCACCCGGACAUCGUCUACGACAACCAGUUCCGCGGCAAGGUCGUCCAUUCGUCCAAGACGAAGAACAAGGAGCUACAAGCGGCGCGAGCACACAAGUCGACGCUCACUUUUCUGGGCGAGGAGCUCUACGAGUCCAUGGGCUUUCGUGAAGCAAAGCGGCUUCGGUACGAGCGGGAACGCGAGUACGCGCCGCAGUGCAGCGCCUGCGGCGCGGACGUCGCAACCUGGCUCUGCCGGUGCGGGGGGGCCGGGACGGCUCACGCGCUGACGGGCAAUCUCGUGCGCUCGGCCGUGCGGCGGGUCCGCGACCUCGACAUCGGCGACCUUCCUUCCUUCCAGUGCGAGCUCCUGACGGGCAUCACGACUCCCGCACUGCUCAACAAGAUCCUGGCCGCGGCGACGGGCAUGCCCGACGACGAGCUCGCCGCGGCGCUGGCCGAGACGCACCGCCCGGCGUUCGCCGGCGGCUCCGAGCGGCGGCUGGUCGAGACGGACCACAUCUUCGCCGUCGCCCGGCGCCUCCCGGGCCAGCGCAAGCCGUGCCUCGACCGCCUUCCCUCCUUCUUCACGCUCGACGACAAGCCCGACUGGGACGAGGACGGCCGGCCGAACGCCGCGCUCCGGCGCCUGUCUCGCAUCGAGCUCCUGCAGUACAUGUUCCACGCGGACAACAAGUUCAAGGGCGCCAAGGUCACGCAGGAGAUAGUCGACGACGCGCGCGACUUCGAGGGCUGCUUCUACAGCAUCGCGGAGCUCAAGAAGCCGGACCCGCUCGAUCGAAAGUACCUCCGCGAGGCGGAGAUCCUGCGCCGCGUGACCGCGUGGGGGAAGCGGCGCUACGGCAUCUUCGGCCGCUGGUACCCCAUCGGCGGCCGCGCCGACCCCCCCUGGUACCUGGGCCUCGGCGCCCUCUGCCUCGCGGGCCUCAGCGUCGCGAGGCGCCAGCAGGCGCCGCCGCUCGUCGAGUCGCUCGAGGGCGGCGCCGGCGCCGGCGCGCCGCUGGACUGGAUCGUGUACAACAAGUACACGCUCAUGACGCCCAUCCCGAGCGUCUACCCCUGGAAGCGCAUCGCGGAGCCGCACCGGGACCACCGCCUCGUCGUGCUCGGCGCGGACGAGGACCGCUACGCCUACACGUGGCGCGUCGAGCGCACCAACACCUACCGGGACGUCAACGGCGCCAACGUCAGCCACGUCUUCGACGCCGUGGGCAUCUGGCGCGCGCGCGUGACCGAGGCGCCGCGGUCGGGCUCGGCGUCGUCGGUCGUGUCCGCGGGCGAGAUCAUGGUCAAGUACGUGCGGCGCGAGAUCCGCUCGCUCGACGACGAGGACCGCGAGGCCUUCUUCGGCGCUUUGCGCGUCGUCUACACCGUGCCGACGCGCGACGGCCAGCAGCAGUUCGGGAGCGACUACAGCGACAUCGCCUUCUUCAGCCGCAUGCACCUCCUCGGCGCCGCGGACCGGUCCUGCGACCACUGGCACGACGACGCGGGCCUGAUGACGCACCACAUGAGCUUUACGCUGCUGCUGGAGCGGUCGCUCCAGGCCGUGAACCCGGCGGUCUCGGUGCCGUACUGGGACUACUCGCGCGACGCGUACGAGUACGGGCCGAACUGGCGCGAGUCCGUCGUCUUCAACGAGUCCUGGUUCGGCGGCACCAAAUCGCAGAACGCGUCGCUCAACGUCAUCGACGCGGGCGCCUGGGCCUGGACGGGCGUCCUCGCGGACGCGCGCGACUUCUCGAACAUCACGAACCCCUACGGCAUCCUCCGGAGCCCCUGGAACGCGAACCCGCACCCCUACGUGACGCGCGCGGACAACGUCUUCGGGUACCAGGCCGCGGGCUACACGACGUUCCCGGGCUGCAACGAGAUGCACGCGUGCUUCAAGCACGACCGGCUCAGCGACAUGAACGAGUGCCUCAACGGCUACACGCACGGGCCCGUGCACAUCAUGCUCGGGGGCCAGUGGAACGUGGGCGCCGAGGCGUCGGCGACGAUCAACGACUACCACAGCAACCGGCUGCAGUUGCUGCUGUUCAAGGUGCUCUGGCGCAUGGGCUACGCGGACUGCCCGACGGACUGCUCCUCCGACGCGCAGGCGGACUGCCGCUGUUCUUGUUCCAAGGACAAGCGGGGCGACCUCGAUUUGACGGAGAUCAUGGCGAACGUCACGGGCGUCUUCCACUGGGUCGACGCGGUGAGCGACCGCAUCUUCUACGAGAACGCGUCGUGGCACAUCCGCGACGAGGGCGGCGGCGCGUCGCCCAAGGCCAUGGAGGACCUGUUCGACACGUUCUGCGACCCGGGCUGGGUCGGCGAGCUCUACACGUCGAACGCGCCCGCGGACCCCAUCUUCUGGCCCAUCCACACGACGGCCGACCGGCUCUUGUCGUGGAAGCGGAUCCUGGCCCACAAGGGCAAGACCCUCUUCAACCAGACCUGGGGCUACGCGCACCCGUCGGCGACGCCGUCGGACACGGGCAAGGUCUGCGACUGGCUCGCCAAGGACGAGGCCAUGGACCUGCCCGAGUGCCGCGUGGAGACGUGCGAGGGCCACAACGCGGAGGACCUCCUGCCGGGCAUGCCCGAGUACACGAACGCCGAGUUCUACGACUUCAUGGACCCCUACAACGACGACCUGCCCUACCUGUACGAGAAUUUCGACUGGGACCACUGCGACAAGCUGAACUUCACGUUCUCCGCCGCGGACUACCCGACGUCGUUCCGCGAGCACGAGGCCGGCGGCGAGGUGUCGGGGAAGCCACACUAA